CUAGACUAUUUUGUCUCCCUCUCAACCGUCGCUUUCUCCGGCGACACUCCGGCCGCCGCCGCGGCGGCGCUGCGGUUGAGCUCCGGCCGCCAUCGUGGGGGGAGAGCUUCCAAAACCGAAACCAAUCCAACGGCCCAUAUCAGUCCAUAACCCAAUCCGUUCAAUCCCAGCCGUCCAUCCGUACAAGCCACGUCGGUUAUAAACCCCACCACCUCCCACUCUCACCUCUUCGCCUCUCUCUCUCUCUCUCGCCCACCAAAUGCCGAGGCGAAAAAUCACACUAUCCAAUCCCAAAAUCGAUCGAAGCCGCAGGUUUUAAUCCGAGAAAUUGCCCCGAAAAUCCGGUGAUCCUCCGAUCCGUGCGAGCGCGAAAACCCUAUGAUGGGGGAGGCGGAGGAGGGGCUGAUGCACAGGAGGAUUGAGUUCCACGCGGCGAGGAGGCCGCCGCGUGCGGUGGAGGGGGCGGGAGGGAGGUUUUGGGUGGAGAUCCUGAGCCCGGAUGCCGAUAAGGCGGCGGUGGUGGCGGCGGCGAGGAGCGAGGGGCUGGUCAGGGGGUUGGAGAAGGGGGAGGGUAGCGGGGGUGGGAUCGACCCGGAGCUUCGCGUCGCGAGGAUGUACUUGCGGAGAAUUGGAGCUGGCUUGCAAAAUUUUGGCAAUACCUGCUACCUCAACUCGGUUCUGCAAUGCUUGACGUAUACCGAGCCGUUCGUGGCCUACUUGCAGAGUGGGGAGCACAUGUCCUCAUGUCGGACUAUCGGAUUCUGUGCUUUAUGUGCUCUUCAAAGACAUGUAAAUUCUGCUCUACAGUCAACUGGGAAGAUAUUGAGACCUGUGCACAUUGUCAGAAAUUUAAGAUGCAUUUCUCGUAGUUUCCGCAUCUCAAGGCAGGAAGACGCACAUGAGCUAAUGGUUAGCUUGCUUGAGUCCAUGCACAAAUGUUGUUUACCUUCUGGUGUACCAAGUGGGUCGCCAAGUGCUUAUGAGAAGAGCCUAGUUCACAGAAUAUUUGGUGGUCUCUUAAGAAGUCAGGUGAGAUGCACAACUUGCUCACACUGUUCCAACAAAUUUGAUCCUUUCCUGGAUCUCAGCCUUGAAAUUGCCAAUGCUGCUACUCUGGUAAAAGCACUUCAACACUUUACUGCGGAAGAGCUACUGGAUGGUGGGGAAAAGCAGUACAACUGCGAGCACUGCAGGCAGAAAGUAGUAGCCAAGAAGAGGUUUAUGAUUGAGAAGGCUCCCUCUGUGUUGACAAUUCAUCUAAAGCGCUUUAGUCCUUUCAACCCUCGUCACAAGAUCGACAAAAAAGUGCAGUUUCAACCAACUUUAAAUUUAAAGCCAUAUGUCAGCAAUCCUGAGGGUAUGGAGUUCAAAUACAGCCUUUAUGGUGUUUUGGUUCAUGCUGGUUGGAAUACACAGUCAGGUCACUAUUAUUGCUUUGUUCGGACUUCUAGUGGCAUAUGGCACAAUCUUGAUGAUAACAAGGUUUACCAAGUUCGUGAGGCAGAUGUGCUGAGGCAGAAAGCAUACAUGCUAUUUUAUGUGCGCGACAGAACAAGGAGCUCAGUGAUGUACAGUGAUAAUUGUACUGUUAAUUUAUCAGUAAAUAAAAUGAUCUCCGAGAAGAUCACAUGUAUGAAUGGUUCAAUUAAAAAAGAUACAGUGGAAACGAAAACACUGAGAGUUCCCUCACUUGUCAAAGAAGAUGUGAACUUGAAGAAACAGAACUCAGAAAAUGGUCAAUCUAGCAAUAUUAGCAAUGCUCCACAGGACCAGUGUUCAAAAAGUCAUAGCAACACUGAAGUGCUUGAAGCUGCAGCAUCCCCAAACAAUGACCCAGCUUCAACACAGAAAGCUUCUUGCAUACGUCCAGAUACAGCUGCUGUUAACUUGCCCAUGAAAACAGAGCAAACAGCUCCAGACAAUCGAAGGGAAAUAACAUCUCCAGCACAAGCUGAUGUUUCUGUUCUUCACAAUGCAAGUUUCAAUCAGAAGUUGUAUGAGAAGCAGCUACAGGAGCAUCAACUAGAAACUGAUGAUGCACUUACUGAUUCCAGGAAAGAUGCCCCUGCUGCCUUGUGCACAUAUGGUGUUGGGGAUGGUUUGUUGGGGAGAAAUGGCCAGUCUUCUGAACCUCACAUAGGUCCAUGCCCUGCUGCUCUUCCUAUACACAAUGGUGGUGAAGGAUUGCUGGGGGCAAAUGGCCAGGCAUCUGAAGCUCACUCAGGUCCUUGCUCUUCUGCCUUUCCUAUACAUAAUGGUGGCGAAGGAUUGUUGGGGGCAAGUGGCCAGUCUUCUGAACCUCACACAGGUCCAUGCCCUGCUGCUCUUCCUAUACACGAUGGUGGUCAAGGAUUAUUGGGGCCAAAUGGCCAGGCUUCUGAACCUCACACAGAUUCUUGCCCUGCUGCCUUUCCUAUACACAGUGGCGGUGAAGGACUGUUGGGGGCAAAUGGUCAGGCUUCUGAACUUCACACAGAUCCUUGCCCUGCUGCCUUUCCUAUACACAGUGGCGGUGAAGGAUUGUUGGGGGCAAAUGGUCAGGCUUCUGAACCUCACACAGAUCCUUGCCCUGCUGCCUUUCCUAUACACAGUGCCGGUGAAGGAUUGUUGGGGGCAAAUGGCCAGGAUUCUGAACAUCGAACAGGUCCAAUCCCUGCUGCCUUUCCUGUAUGGAAUGGCACUGGUGUAAUAUUGGAGAAAUAUGGUCAGGUUUCUGGGCCAGCAGAUCCAUUUUGCAAGCCAACUCCUACCAUAAGUGAUACAGUGUCUAUUGCACAAAUCAUCCCAACUGAGCAUGCUGCUGUUUCUAAUGGAACAGUAUCUAGUAGUGAUGAUUUAACUGGCAAUACUGAAGCUAACGAGUCAUCAGAGUUUGUAAAGAAUUACGGCGAACAAGUUAUGGUGAGGGAUCUUUCUGCAGAGACCUCUGGUGAUAGAGCAAAUGCAGAUGAGCAGACUUCAAUGCAGAAUAACACACUGGAAGUUGGUAAGGAUGUUGCAAAGGACACUGAUAAUGUGGCAAAUGCCGAGGAGCAGGUAUUGAACCACCCCUUGGCCGAGCAGGUAAAAUCUGAGAAGCAAAUAUAUCCUGGAAUUUCUACAACAUUGAUUUGCUCUGAAGACACAACACAGUUGAUAGAUAAGGAUACAGGCAGUGGCAAAUUAAAUAAAAAGAUGAAUUGCAAGUCAAAGAGGCAAGUGAAGUAUCCUGCUGUUCGCAUGUUUUUUGGGCCCAAACAACUGUUACUGGCAUCAGUAAAACUGCACAAGAAAAGGAAACACAAGAGAUCCAAAAAACACCAUGCACUUUCUGUGCACAUUGAAAGCAUCAUCACUGAUCAGCAGACAUCAACAUCAGAAACUGUUUUCUCAAAGAUCAUAUCACAUAAAUCCCGUGGACAGAAACGUUCUUGUGCCAGUGCAAGUUCUGAGGAUGGCACUCAGCUGUUCAACAAGAAACAGCAUAUCGAAGGAACCACCAACAGUGUUCCCAUGGACAACAACGAUACAAAACUUGCUAGCGCUGACAGCAACGAUGCAAAACUUGCUAGCGCCGAGCUACCAAGCUCAUGUACAAACUCUCUGGUGAACCAGACUGAUUCAAGAAACAAUGUAAAUGCAAAUGAGAGAGGCCCCUGGCAUUUUAAUCUCCUCACAAGGGGUUUAAGAGAAAUUACUGUGCCACGUUGGGAUGACACUGAGAUUAAAAAUACGAAGGAAACAGAGAUACUACAUCCAAGGACUAGAAGCAUCGGCUAUGUGCUAGAUGAAUGGGACGAGGAGUAUGAUCGCGGCAAGAGAAAGAAGAUCAGGAAACCAAAGCAUGGCUUCAGUGGGCCGAACCCUUUCCAGGAGACGGCCAACAUCAGAUCACGGCAGAGGAUGAGACUACAGUCUGACCAGACCAAAUCUGGGAACCAGCCUCUCAGGAUAUAAUUGAUAUACUGGAGCAGCAACCUGUUGUUGUAUCCUUCAGUUUUGGAACAGUAACUACUUCUCUAGUAGAACUAUUAUCCUCCCCAUGUUUUUUUUUUCAGUUAUGUGUAGUGUCAUCAGAGAGUAAGAUUUAGGCCUCAUGGCUCAGUCAUUUGUCUGAUUGAUUAGCCGAGGAACGAAGCGGACUCUUGUUUGUUGUCCCAUUUCUGUCGAGCUUAUCAUGCCAAUUUUUUUUUACGUCAAUGCAUUCACACGUGUUAUUCA